GCGGAGGUCUUGGCGUUCGCCUCCGCGUCUUGCAGUAGUAGGCUGCUUGAACGGUGAGUCUUUCGAUCUGCAAUCCGUGAAUGGAUAAACCAUACGGUAUAUGGAAUAAACCUGGAACUUCCACCGGGGAUGAUGAAGUAUAUUAACUUCAUAUCAUAUGGUGAUGUUUCGUGAGAAUCCUCUCCUGACUCCUGAAUGUCGUUUGAAACUUGCCAAAUGGACAUCUCAUUUAGAUUCAACUUGGGCUGCUAUGAAGCUUCGAUCGGCGUUGCACUCACUGCAAAUCAUUGACAGUCACAGAAAAAUAUAAGAAGGGAAUUUGCUAAUAAGGGAUCGUGUCAAUCAUAGGCUACUCUAUUGAAUUGUCCUCCACUAAUUUACCGCGGAAAAUAGAUGUCAACGGCGGGUUAUCGAAACACCAUAGGAAUAAGUCUUCACCCAUUUGAACACCACCUUAAAAGUGGGAAAAACGAGGGAUACGACGAGACGCGGGUGAAAGGAUGCAGUCGGGAAAGGGAAUGAAGAAGGUCUCAGCAGGUGGAGGAGCGUCGCUCUGCUGUCUGUUGCUCUUGUGGGUCAUCUACUCCCAUCUCCUGAGAGAGGGCCAGUUGGCGGUGGGCACGUGUGAGAUCGUGACGCUCAACAGAGACAGCAGCGUGCCCAGGCGGACCAUCGACCGUCAGACUGCCCGCUGUGCCUGCAGGAGAGGCCAGAUCGCUGGCACCACGCGAGCCAGGCCUGCCUGCGUUGACGCGCGCAUCGUGAGGGGCAGACAGUGGUGUGAGAUGGCGCCCUGCUUGGAGGGGGAGGUGUGUGGCCUCCUCUUCAACCGCUCUGGCUGGACCUGUACCAAAGGCAGUGGCCGUAUCAAGACAGUCACGCCCUUGCCUAAGGAGCCAUCGUAAGGAGUUAAGAACUAAGUGGGUAGGUUUAUUGCCAGUCAUGGCAGAAGGGGAACAGAGGCCAAUGACCAGGCAAGCACAGUUUGUGUCCAUUCGCCAAUUUUGUGCUCAAACCACUACUACCCCACCCCUCCCCCACACCACCACCAUCUAUCAGAGGAGCCCUACUAUGUGACAGUGACACUCCUCUGCUCCCUCAUUGGUCCAAAAGUCCGUACCUGCCCAUGAAAGCAACUCGCCACAGCGUUGUUAUUGGAACCAUAUCACAAACUGAAUGACAAAUCCUACUGUAUACUGUAUAUAACCUGUGUUGUUUCAGCACGGCAAGCAGGAUAGAACUGGGAGUCUAAACAUGUGUAAGGAAACCAUUUCGCCACCUACCCCUAUGGAACAUAAUGUGAAGGCAUUUUUGGUAACUUGGUUUAAACUAGUCUACAGUUAUUUUAUGAGUACUGAUACGAGAACCAUUCACAGGGUCUUUUCACUCACGUAAAUAGUCUGUUUGGUUAAGGCGUUGGUUUUGUCCUGUUGGAGAGCCAUGAUAGGUUUGGUGGACACAGGAGGCUAGUGAAACCAGGAUAUGAUGCCAAUGGGUGCCCGUCUUUAGCCAUAUUUCUCCAUCCUCUAAGAAACACCACCACCUGUCUUGGGUAUCUGAGGGAUGGGGUUCCAAGAGGUUUUGGGAUGAAAUAUGUAGAGAGAAAAGGAGGAAAUCCCAUGCGAGUAUCAUGCUCUUCUCUUGUCGUCAAUCUCUACAGUGAAAGAAGGAUCAAAUAUAUGAUAUACAUUUACAGUUCUGGAGGAGAAACUUUUGGAUGGAUUGUCAGUGACUGUCUAACUUGACAUUGACAAAGCUUUGUUUAUCUGGUGCCUACGACUGAUGGGACCGUUGCAAGUAAGGGUUCCCUAAUAGUGUCUGUGGAAAAACCGCCCGUAUGACAUCACUCUGCUAUAGGAGAUCUUUAUGAGACACUUACUGACAGACUACACCUGCCUGGCUCUUUAUCCUGUGUUCUAAUUAUUUUUGUUGUGCGUGUGUGUGUGUGUGUGUGUGUGUGUGUGUGUGUGUGUGUGUGUGUGUGUGUGUGUGUGUGUGUGUGUGUGUGUGUGUGUGUGUGUGUGUGUGUGUGUGUGUGUGUGUGUGUGUGUGUGUGUGUGUGUGUGUGUGUGUGUGUGUGCGUCUGGGUGCCUGUGCCUCCUGAUAUACACUGUGAAAUGGGAAAUAGUUGACACAAUCUUGUUCUUAAGUUUAACACAUUCAGUACUGUACUUCUGGACAGAACUGUUCCUGAAGCUCACUAUCUUGCAAACUGGUAUGAUCAUGUUUUAGGGGAUGCUCGUUGAUUUAAAGCUGGAAUCCGUACUUGCUGGAGCUGCCAUGUCGGUUUGCGAUAUUAAAGAGACAGUUACUUCAAAAAAAUGAGCACUGUUCUUUCCCUCGGACACCACUGCACAUCACUGCACAUCACUGCACGCCCGAUAGAACAGCAGAGUAUUUGCUGCAAUUUUCUUUUACCACAAUGCUAGAUGCUCAUCUCCUCCGUUUCACCAACAAAACCAAAAAAAACGAUAGCAAAAGCUCCGGGUCGAGAUGGCGCUGUUUCACCUUGUGCGGAUUUCAGCUUUAAAGUGUCAUACAGAGGAAUCACAUGUUUUUAAUACAAAAGUGUAUUAAUAUUGACAGAUCUAUGUCACAUAAGUUAAAAGCAGUAAUGAUAGUCCAUGUGUAGUACCUAUUCAUUAUUUCAAAGUUAUGUUUUAAAUGGCCUUUUUUAUAGGAAAUAGAUGUAUGGAGGUAUGCUACUUGCAAAGUGCUGCUGUUUAUGUUGGGUGUAAUGUAUACAUUCACUGUAUAAUGUCCCAUGGGUAUUUCUAACUUCAUUUAUGUUACGGGAUUACGAGAGAGAGUGAGUGUCACAGAGAGAAUGAGACCAUAAAGGACAUUGUAUAUCACUGAAAUGGAGUUGUUCUUUUUCACCAGAAAGAUAUACUUACUGUAUGUUAAUAUACUGUAUGCUCCUUUGAGAGACACGGGGAUGAAAAAAGCCUUCCAUCCCUGGGGCUAAUGUAAUUGCCUUUAAGUGUGUGUGUGUGGUGUGCGUGCAUAUGAGUGUGUGUGUGCUUGCGUGUAUGUGGGUGUGCAUGUCUAUGAGCGCAGGUGUGGGUGUGCGUACACAUGUUCACUGUGUCCAUUUGUGUGUGCUUGAUUGAUGUGUGAAGAGAGCACCACAAUUCUCAUCUAAUUACACUUAACUUUAAUUACUCCCAGCUGUACCCAUGUCCUUUUCUUUCACUAUUUUGUCUUAUUUAUUUUUUUAACCAACACAAAUAAAAUGUCCCCUUGAUUUGA